CUAGCCAAGUCCCGGGUAUUCAAUCAUACGGUAGUCUCUCGGCAGUCCAUUGCGCGUAAAAGACCUGCCAAGAUCCACGGUUACGGAUACCAUUGAGCUUGUUAUAUACGAUUCCCUCGUAUUGGUGCUGUGAUCCUGAACGUGUACAACAGCUAUUGAAAGAUUCAGGGUUAUUUUUUAUAAGAGCGAAGAGACUCGUUUCGAAAAUAAAUAUGCUGCAGCGGUGAGAGCCGCGAUAUGAACGGGUACGAAUUCUCCGUGAUCUUCCUCGGAAAGGAAGGAGGAAGACCGUUUAGAAGAUCUUAAAGUAACCGGAAUCACCGAAUCGAUCACGAUGUCUCUCGGGCAACGUAUAUCUGGGGCCGUCGCGGUCCUCAGAGGCACUUCCGAAGUCAAAGAAGCCCAAACGUCAACCUCCGAUGAGAUCGAAAAGAUAACCACUGUGGAGGAAGAAAAAAUUUGCCACAAGGCAAUCACCCCGCUCGACAGAUUGGAACGAGUGGUGGAUUGGUUCAGGGAGAACAUGCUUUUGGUCUUUACGAUCGCUGCAGUUUUGGUCGGUCUUAUUCUUGGAUUUCUCGGUCGAUUAGCCAAUCCCACACCACAAUCCAUCACUCUUAUCAGUUUCCCCGGAGAACUUCUUAUGCGACUUUUAAAGAUGUUCAUAUUACCGCUCAUUGUCUCGUCGCUUAUCUCCGGAAUGGCACAAUUGGAUCCUAAGGGUUCAGGAAGAAUGGGAUACAGAGCAUUGUUAUAUUACACCGUAACGACCAUUCUCGCGGCUAUAGUUGGUAUCGUAAUGGUAUUAAUAAUCCAUCCCGGUGAUCCUAGAAUUAAAUCUGUUAUAACGGCGCAUAAGGCGGAUUACACAAAAAUUUCUACGUUAGACGCUAUCCUCGAUAUAAUUAGAAACAUGGUGCCGGAAAAUUUGGUGCAGGCGUGCUUCCAGCAGGCGCAAACUACUUACGUGACGAAGGAAGUUGCUACAGGAACUGCAAGUGAAAUUACUCACAUACAAGAGGCGACGUUAGUGUACAAGGAUGGAACGAAUGUGAUGGGCAUGAUAGUGUUUUGUAUCACAUUUGGACUUGUUGCUGGACAAUUUGGCGCUCAAGGGAAAUUAAUCGUCGACUUUUUCAUGAUUUUGAACGAAAUAAUCAUGAAACUUGUCGGUAUUAUUAUCAUGUGGUAUUCUCCGUUCGGAAUUAUGUGUUUGAUAGCUGGUAAAAUAAUGUCGAUUAACAAUUUGACGGCAACUGCUCAGAUGUUAGGCUUAUACAUGGUGACAGUCAUAUUGGGCUUAUUGUUUCACGCAUUAAUCACUCUGCCAACGAUAUUUUGGUUUUUAACUCGACAGAAUCCUGCCGUAUUUUUCAGGGGUAUGAUGCAAGCUUGGAUGACAGCGUUAGGAACAGCAUCAAGUGCCGCAACUUUACCUAUAACUUUUCGAUGCCUCGAAGAAAAUAAUAAAAUCGAUUCACGUGUAACGCGAUUCGUAGUAGCAGUUGGGGCUACGGUAAAUAUGGAUGGAACGGCUCUUUACGAAGCAGUUGCCGCGAUUUUUAUCGCACAAAUGAAUGGAAUUUCGUUAGGAAUAGGUGAAGUUAUAACGGUCAGUUUCACAGCCACCUUGGCAAGUAUAGGUGCAGCAAGUAUUCCCAGCGCGGCUUUGAUUACGAUGUUAAUAGUGCUUACAGCUUUGGGUUUACCAACGAACGAUAUUUCUCUAUUGUUUGCAGUUGACUGGAUGUUGGAUCGAAUCAGGACCUCGAUCAAUGUUUUGGGCGAUGGAUACGGGGCUGGAAUAGUUUAUCAUUUGAGCAAAGCUGAAUUGGAUAAAAUGGAUCAAGAAAAGAAAUUAGAGGGUCUUGAAAUGGGGACACCUCUUGAAAAUAUUUUGGAAAGUUGUCAGCAAGAUGAUACGCUUGCUCCGAAGGAAAGUUCGGAAACAAAGAUUUAAUUCGCAAGAAUAUUGACUUUAUUUCGUGUGCUUUCUUUAAUUUCUUGAACGGUAACAUAAAAUGAAAAAAAUUAUGCUCAUUCACACGCUCAAAUUAACUUAACAUAUCGGCAUCCAUUAGGAUUGGCAGAAAAAAUUUUAUUUUGUCAUUGUCAAAAUUUUGGGAUUUUAAUCAUAAUAAAAAUUAAAUAAAUAACUCCUAUAGGUCAGAAUUUUUUAAAAAUAUAAAACAUAUAAUAUAGCGAUGUACAAAAUAUCAAAAACGCGAGCAUGUUAAGUACAAAGCAAUUCAUUGUAAAUCGCUUUCUUGCGGAUACUGCAAUUUUAAAAAUUGAUAAAAAUUAAUUGAAAAUUAUAUUGUACAGAAAAUUAAACAUAAGAUUUAUAUCUGAAUAUUAACUUAUCAAUUUGAGAUUAUACAUGUGUUAUCGUUUAUUUUAAUAAUGGAAUAAAGCAUUUUAUUCUAAUGAUGCUUUGAAUAUUUAAAAAAAAAAAAACUGUGUUCAGUAAAGUGUUAUCAUAUCAGACAAUUCAUCCUACGAUUUUAUGUUUUUUAUGUUUACAUUGUUUAUAUACCAUGUUACUUAUUAUACAUAUAUUAUGAAAACAAAGAAAUAAAUAUAAAUUAAUUACAUUUAUAAUUAUUAUAUACUUAUAUUCUAGGGAUAAUACAAUAAUGAACAAUGAGAAACAAAUGGAACAGAUGAAAUAAAUGUAUUUUUGAAAAUGUUCUAUGUACAUACAUAUACAAUAAAUCACAUAGUGCUUUAUCAACAAUAUUAUUACUCUGACCAGUAACUGGCAAUUGUUUGUGAUAUAUUUAAUUAGUUAACGAUAUAUUUAGUUAAAAAAUAUAAACCCUUAAAUCUAAAUAUUCUUUUAAUCAGUAUACAUGCACCAUUCCAUAUAAAAAUCUAAUAUUACAUUAAGGAAAAAUGUAGCAUUGACAUAGAAUAUUUCACAAAUAUAUGAAAUUAAUUUUUUUUUAUUCAAAUAAUAAUAUUCAAUGUUUAGAAAGGAUACGUCCAAAACAGCACAUAUGUCUAUUGUACGAAUAUAAGAUUUGUUAAGGAAAAUAUCUGUAUUUUUAUAAAUAUUUAAUAAUUAAUUGUCUUUUUUUAUUAUAUUAUAAAGGAUACAAAAAGGCCUCCAAAAAAUCCACUAGUUAGAAGAUUUCGUCUACUUAUAAAAUAUUUUUUCCAUUGACCUCCAGCUUUUAACAAUAACAUUGCCUAUAUAAAUAUUUUUUGUUUAUUAAAUAAUAAUAUUAAAUAAUAACAAUUUUUUUAAUAAAUAAUAAUAGUUUUAAAAAUUAUUCUUACCCAUAAUCCAAAUACAGCAAAAAUGUAAAAACCAAAACCAUAUAAUCCAGUUAAUCCUAAUAAACCAGCUGUGCCACCUGAUAAUGCUGCCAUUGAUAUCCUACAAUAUUCUACUACUGCAGCAUUAUUUACAACAGCAGAUUCACUAUAUGCAAUGAUCUCUAAAAAAUAUUUAACAUUAGAAAAUAUAUUUAUCUUAAUAUGAAAAUAAAUAAUUAAAAAAUUUUAAUUCAAAAUUAUUUCAUUUAUAAAAUAACAAAAUAUAUAUAAAAUAUAAAAAAUUACAUCAUUUUUAAUAAUAAAAUUAAAAUCUUAAGACUUUUUUUAAAUAUAAAUUUAUAUGAUAUAAAUCUAUAUGAUAUCUUUUAUAUUUAUAUACAAUAUAAUUGAAUAAAAACAUAACCUACAAGAAAUGUCAAAAAUUUCUUAUAAAAUGAACGUUACAAUUAAAAAAAAUAAUAGUUAAUAUUUUGUUAUUUACCUCCUUUCUCUUGUUUUGUUUUGAUCUUUCCCAACAUUGUUAUACUUUUGUUAAUAUUAGCAAAAAGUUGUAUAAUUUAACCUAACACAUUCGUUGAUGACACUAUGUGUAUAUAUCUGUAUGAAAAUUUUUAGUCUGCUAUGACGCAGUAUGUUUUAGAGUGCCAUCUAUCUAGUAUUGUUACAUUAUAUGUGAGAUAAAAGGUUAUUCAAGUAAUUUUUGUAUAUCUUAUUGCAAGCUUGUUAUAUUAAAGAUAACGUAUAUCAACCAUCACGUUGCGAGAAAGUAUUAGAGGAAAUAAGACAGUGUUGCAUCAUACAUUUUGCUUCUUCAAUAGUUUGUGAUGGUAUAGAUAUUUCUAAACCAUACGAGCAUAAUACUGUAGAUUAU